AUGGCCCCCAAAAAGGCGCGGUUCAAGCCGCCCAUUCGUCCAAAUGCUGAUGGAACAGGAUUUGUGCGAACCUCGGCCGGAUCGAAAGCAGAAACAACUGUUGUGGAGGAGUCAGUGCCGCAAAGACGGGGGCGUGAGGGAUUUCCAGGCACAGAGGGUUCGUUGCCUGCACAAGUUCCUCCUGCCCCUUCAAAAACAACAACAAAAACCUCAGAGGAGCGUAAAGGAACAAGUAUAGAGUUCUUAUUACAACCUCGUUCUGAUAGUUCUUUGCCAUCUAAUGAGGCACGACUAUCUCCUUCUUCUUUUAAGAAUUUGGGAAUUUUAAGUGGUGCUAUUUUACAUAUAAAGUCCAGUGUACGUGAGGCGUACUGUGAAGCUUUUCUUUCAUCAUCAUGUCAUUCACAAACUAUUUUGCUUGCUGAUGAAAUGUCGGCAGCACUUAGAGAUAAACAGGUUAUUGUAUCUGUAGUAAAAAAUCCUUCUGUUAUGGAACCAAUUUCUCAGGUAGAUGUGGAAAUUACACGUGAUGUGGGUAAUGAUUCAACUCCACCUGAAAUUCCAUUUUUGCAAGUUCGUGCCGCUUUUCGACGUCAAUAUCAACAUCGUUUAGUAUAUAAUGGAAUGCGUGCUAUGAUACGCAUAGCAACGCAUCCAUUUUAUGUUGAAGUAGUAAGAUGUAUACCUUGUGUAAAGAAUGAAAAAAGUUUGGAAAAGGAGAAUAAAGUUACACUAGGUAUGCUUAUGGAUAACACAGUAAUACGAGAUGGUGCUCAUGAUGUGAAUUAUGAAGAUAAAACACCUGAAGAAAAUCUUCAUAUUAAGGAGAAUUCAACUCUUUUGGAACACGUUUUGGUUAUUGGAGAAGCUGGAACUGGUAAGACUCAAUACCUUCAAAAUGAAGGACAAGAUGCCACUACUUUGCAUCGACGUCAUGUUGAAAUUAUUUCUGUUGAAGAACUUCCACAAGGUGAUGCAAGUGAUGUGACUAGUUCAACAGUACUUCGUGAAGCAUUUACGCGUGCAAAAAUUGCUGCACCAUCAACGGUAUUAAUUGAUGAUCUUCAUCUUAUUUGUGGAACUAAUCCUAGUUCUAUGGCUGGUUCAUUAUGGGCUAUGAAUCUUGUAGCAGCUGUAUUAUGUGAAGAACUUGAUAACAUUAAACGUCAGCAACUUGAUGUUCGUGUUAUUGCUUCUGCACCAUCUGCUGAAGCAGUAUCUCGUUCUCUUUUAACAAGGGAACGUUUUAGUAAUCGUGUUGUACUUCUUACACCAGGUUCAGCAGAAGAACGGUUAAAAUGUUUAAAGACUAUCAUGGAUAAACAAAAAACGUUGUCUUCUACUCAUAUUUCAGAGGAAACUCUUAAGUCUGUAGCAGAACAAGCUCAUGGUUUUACCCAGCGUGAUUUGGCUCAUCUUAUAGAAGUUGGAAUAGUAGAGAAUUUUACAUCAACAGGAAGUAUAGGACUCUCUGAUAGUUCGUUGCAAAAGGCAUUAACAAUAGUACGACCCUCUUCACUAAAACAGUUUGAAGUGUCAGUACCACAAGUUACUUGGGGUGAUAUUGGUGGAAGUGAAUCUGCAAAGAAGACACUACAGGAUUGUGUAGCCUGGUGUCUCGGUAAACAGAGUUGGGUAUUCCGCAAAUUCAAGCUUUCACCACCUAAGGGAGUUCUACUCUAUGGACCUCCAGGUUGUAGUAAGACGAUGUUAGCAAAAGCGCUUGCUAAUGAAUCUAAAAUGAAUUUCAUUUCAGUUAAAGGACCUGAAGUGUUUUCAAAGUGGGUAGGAGAUAGUGAAAAGGCAGUACGAGAUAUUUUUACACGAGCCCGUGCUGUAGCCCCAUGUGUGGUAUUUAUUGAUGAACUGGAUGGUAUGUGUUCACAUCGUGGACAAGGUGGUGUAUCCGAUCGUGUUAUCUCUCAAUUUCUUACCGAAUUAGAUGGUCUCCCUGCUGCAUUGGAUGAAUCUUCUGAGGCGUUGGUGUUUGUAGCGGCAACCAAUCGUCCAGAUAACAUUGACACUGCCGUCCUUCGACCCGGACGUAUUGAUCGCAAAGUCUACGUUGGCCUUCCAGAUCUCUCAGAGCGUAAGGCCAUUGUAGAGAUUCACUUUGCCCGUAUUCCCGUCGCUCCCGAUCUCAACGCGGAGUACGUGGCGAGUAGGACGGAGGGUUACAGCGGGGCGGAGGUGGUGGCGGUGGUGAAGGAGGCGGCUUUUCUGCGGGUGACGGAAGAUGCAAAGGCAGCGUACAUCACGCACAGUGAUAUUGAUGCCGCACUGCAGAAAGUUAAACCGCGAAUCAGUCAACGUGAUGUUGAAUGGUAUAAGCGCUGGGCGAUGGGUGGUGGAUAA